AUGAAGGUGGAGGAGAAGAAGGCUGGGGUAGGGACGCUGGACCCUGCUAACUACAGGAGGCGAUGUCAGAAUCAGGAAGACCAUCGUUCCAUCCACAUUGGGCUUUCAGUCCCCAGUUACCCUCCAAGGAAAAGAGACCAGAAGGAACAUCUUUCAGGCCGGCAAAAGGUCCGCUGGGGCCUGUGGCCCGACAAGCCGCGGCAGGAACUGACUGGUGCAGGGAGCAGGGGGAGCAGGCGAGACAGCAGUGUGGAUCAUGUCGGCAGUACCCGGUCCCCAGCUGCUGAGCAGCUCCAGGACAUCCUGGGGGAGGAAGAUGAGGCUCCCAAUCCCACUCUCUUCACAGAGAUGGACACUCUACAGCACGACGGAGACCAGAUGGAGUGGAAGGAGUCGGCCAGGUGGAUAAAGUUUGAAGAAAAGGUAGAGGAAGGAGGAGAACGCUGGAGUAAACCCCAUGUGGCCACACUGUCCUUGCACAGCCUUUUCGAGCUCCGGACCUGCCUGCAGACGGGAACAGUGCUGCUUGAUUUGGACAGUGGCUCCUUACCACAGAUCAUAGACGAUGUCAUUGAGAAGCAAAUCGAGGAUGGCCUCCUGCGGCCGGAGCUCCGGGAGAGAGUCAGCUACGUCCUUCUGAGGAAACACCGUCACCAAACCAAAAAGCCCAUCCACCGCUCCUUGGUCGACAUUGGAAAGUCAGUCUCCUCCACCACCAAUCGCAGCCCAGCACGCAGCCCUGCAGCGGGCACCAGCCUCCACCACUCCACGGAGGACCUGAGGGUGCGGCGAAGUGCCAACUACGGCCGUCUGUGUCACGCCCAGAGCAGAAGCAUGAAUGAUAUUUCUCGCACUCCAAACACUGAUCAGCGGAAAAACAAAUUCAUGAAGAAGAUCCCCAAGGACUCAGAAGCCUCCAACGUGCUCGUGGGCGAGGUGGACUUCCUGGACCAGCCCUUUAUCGCCUUCGUGCGUCUCACCCAGUCGGCCAUGCUGGGAGGAGUGACCGAGGUGCCCGUCCCUACCAGAUUUCUGUUCAUACUGCUGGGACCUUCCGGGAGAGCAAAGUCCUAUAAUGAAAUUGGCCGUGCCAUUGCAACCCUCAUGGUAGAUGAUCUCUUCAGUGACGUGGCCUAUAAAGCCCGCAAUCGGGAAGAUCUGAUCGCCGGGAUUGACGAGUUUCUGGAUGAGGUCAUCGUCCUUCCCCCUGGAGAAUGGGACCCAAAUAUCCGAAUUGAGCCCCCCAAGAAGGUGCCCUCUGCAGACAAGAGGAAAUCCGUGUUCUCCCUGACCGAGCUAGGCCAGAUGAACGGCUCUGUGACGGGAGGUGGCGGAGCAGCUGCAGGAGGUGGCGCUGGAGGUGGAGGUGGCGGCGGUGGUGGUGGUGGCGGUGGCAGUGGAGUCGGCGCCGGAGGGAGCAGCGGGAAUGACAGAGAGAUGCCAGCCAUGCAUGAAAUUGGGGAAGAACUUAUCUGGACAGGAAGGUUCUUCGGUGGCCUGUGUCUGGAUGUCAAGAGGAAGUUGCCCUGGUUCCUAAGUGACUUCUAUGAUGGCUUCCACAUCCAGUCCAUCUCUGCCAUCCUAUUCAUCUACCUCGGCUGCAUCACCAACGCGAUCACCUUUGGUGGGCUUCUGGGGGAUGCCACUGACAAUUAUCAGGGAGUGAUGGAGAGCUUCCUGGGCACUGCCAUGGCCGGCUCCUUGUUCUGCCUCUUCUCGGGACAGCCUCUCAUCAUCCUCAGCAGCACAGGGCCCAUCCUCAUCUUCGAGAAGCUCCUCUUUGACUUUAGCAAAGGCAAUGGCCUGGACUACAUGGAGUUCCGCCUCUGGAUUGGCCUACACUCAGCCAUCCAGUGCCUUAUCCUGGUGGCCACAGAUGCGAGCUUCAUCAUCAAGUAUAUCACCCGCUUCACCGAGGAGGGCUUCUCCACUCUCAUCAGCUUCAUCUUCAUCUAUGAUGCCAUCAAGAAGAUGAUUGGUGCCUUCAAGUACUACCCCAUCAACAUGGACUUUAAGCCUGACUCCAUCACCACCUACAGAUGCGAGUGCGUCGCUCCAGACACAGCAAACACAACUGGGUUUAAUGCUUCAGCCUUGCUGCCACCAAACACCAACACUUCUCUGUACAACCCCCUUAACCUCACAGAGCUGGACUGGUCCCUGCUGAGCAAGAAGGAGUGUCUGAACUAUGGUGGGCGCCUGCUUGGGAAUUCCUGCCAGUUCAUCCCAGACCUGGCACUCAUGUCCUUCAUCCUUUUCUUCGGGACCUACUCCAUGACCCUGACCCUGAAAAAGUUCAAAUUCAGCCGCUAUUUCCCUACCAAGGUCCGGGCCCUGGUAGCUGACUUUUCCAUUGUCUUCUCCAUCUUGCUGUUCUGUGGAAUCGAUGCCUGUUUCGGGCUGGAAACCCCCAAGCUUCACGUUCCCAGUGUCAUCAAGCCCACGCGGUCAGACCGAGGCUGGUUCGUGGACCCUUUUGGGAAGAACCCAUGGUGGGUGUACCCAGCGAGCAUCCUGCCUGCCCUACUGGUGACCAUCCUGAUCUUCAUGGACCAGCAGAUCACGGCCGUAAUCGUCAACCGGAAGGAGAACAAGCUGAGGAAGGCUGCUGGCUACCAUCUGGACCUGUUCUGGGUUGGCGUCCUUAUGGCCCUGUGCUCCUUCAUGGGGCUCCCCUGGUAUGUGGCUGCCACGGUCAUCUCCAUUGCCCACAUUGACAGCCUCAAGAUGGAAACAGAGACCAGCGCCCCUGGGGAGCAGCCUCAGUUCCUGGGGGUCAGGGAACAGAGAGUGACAGGCACCAUCGUCUUCAUCCUAACUGGGAUCUCUGUCUUCCUGGCUCCUAUCCUGAAGUACAUCCCUAUGCCAGUGCUAUACGGAGUCUUCCUCUACAUGGGCGUGGCCUCUCUGAAUGGCAUCCAGUUCUGGGAACGCUGCAAGCUCUUCCUGAUGCCAGCCAAGCACCAGCCAGAUCACGCCUUCCUGCGGCACGUGCCCCUGCGCCGGAUCCACCUCUUCACCCUGGUGCAGAUGCUCUGCCUGGCGGUGCUCUGGAUCCUCAAGUCCACGAUGGCCGCCAUCAUCUUCCCAGUCAUGAUCCUGGGCCUCAUCAUUGUCCGAAGGCUGCUGGACCUCAUCUUCUCCCAGCACGAUCUGGCCUGGAUUGACAACAUCCUCCCAGAGAAGGAGAAAAAGGAGACAGACAAGAAGAAAAAGAAAAGGAAAGGGGCCCAUGAAGACAGCGACGAGGAGCCCCAGUUCCCUCCUCCCUCAGUUAUAAAGAUUCCCAUGGAAAGUGUUCAAACAGAUCCCCAAAAUGGUAUCCACUGCAUUGCCAGAAAAAGAUCUUCCAGUUGGAGUUAUUCAUUCUGAUUCUUCCUUCAGUGACUCAGAACCUGAUCGAAGGUAACAGCCAUGAGGUGUAUGCUUUGGGUGUUGGAUAAGAGACUAAGCAAUGGCCAGGAAGCUUGAGGGACAUAGAUCUCUUAGACUAGCCAGUGCCUCAGUAAAAGCCCUUUGAGCUCCACGACAGAAAGAAAGGCUGACAGGCAUGAUUAUUGAGUGUCCACUAACAAAUUUGUUCUCUUAUUGACAUAAUAACAUGAUUACAACACACAGUGGUAUUCCACUUUAGAAAAGGGAAUUAUAUUAGGUAAAAUGAAAAUUGAAAGUAAAUACCGAAAAGAAAACAACAGAGAAAACUUAGACAUGACUUAAGUAUAUAUUAUUGAAAGCCAGGAUAAAUGAACUCUAAGAAUCAAAACACCAGCUAAUCUAAUACUCUGUGUAAUAAAAUAACAGCAUGGUUAAUUAGCAAAGGUCAGAAAGGGUAUCAAGGAAAGCUAACUAAAUAUCAAAGAUUAAGUGGAGAUAAGAACAGUCCAGAAAGGAUUCAAGACCCGAUUUUCAGGAAGCCCCAUGCCAACUGUGUGAUUCCUACCUGUUCUAAAUGAGAAGCCACCCACGAAGAAGGUAGUACUUCUGGAUAGUUGAAGAUAAAGGGGGCUCAAAAAUGGAUAUGAGGAAUUCAGAAGCAAGAAAAUCUGCCUCAGUUAUUACUAGAGAAGAUGGUAGAGGCAGUCUUACUCCUAUGUUGUGCCCUAAACUGGACAGAGUGAUUCUGUACUGAGCCAGUGAAAGUCUAGAGACAGAUAAAUUUCCAGACUUAGAUGGUACUCUCAAGAGAUUUUAGGAAAUAUGUAUGGGAUCUGAGUUAUAAGUCGGGGCUGUUAUCACAAGCUAGGAUGAAAAGAAACUUAACACUGGUACAAGCCUCCCUAAGCAAUGGGCCCUGGACCAUUCUAGCCAAGUGUCACAUGUCCAAAUUACGUCCCUGCCUGUCUUCUUAUCCCAUCUCCCCAACUAAGACUCUCGUGCCCUUAAAGUAACUGAUCUUUGCAUACAAAUAUGUUAGGAGAAAGCAGUCUGCCUAUCUCGGUUCAUUUUCUUUUUAAAAUAGCCUACACUAAAUUGAAUCUCUAAUUGCCCCAAUUUCAAUCAGUGGAGAAAGAAUUUGGACCAAGAUAGGGCAUUUCCAAAACCCUGUUAAAUAAUAAAAAACGUGGGACCAGGUCAGAAAUGUAGAAAAUUUGGUAACUGGCAAUAGCACUUCUCAACUACACUAGUGUUCUAUCAAAUCUAUGGAAGCAGAGACCACUAGCUAGCAGGAUUCCAUUUCAGCAAAAUGACCUAGUUUAACAAAGAUUAAGGAUCAUGAUCAAUCAGGCAGGAUGCUUAAUUUCUGAGGAUACAGAAAGACAGGCAUGCGAACAAAGGCACAUAGCACCUUGUGCCAAGAACAGUAGAGCACAUGUAAGAGAACAGUGGUCUAAAGGAAGGUAUUUGCCUUAUCUGGAGAGCCUAGGAACGAUAAACAGGAGUCCAUCAUAUAGAGCAAAGGAGAGAAAAGGGCAUUUCGGGUUGUGAGAACGGGCCGGAAUUACCAUUUGAAAAUGUACACACACAGCAAAGAAUAUGGGGAUAGAUGGAGCAAUCAAACUACAAGCAAAUGGGUGUGAGCAUAGGAGGCCUUGCCUUGCCACACUAAGGAGCUCGGAUUCUGUUUUGAAUCCACAGAAAAAUUUAAGCAGAACCACAGAUGUGUGAUCUAGAAAGUUCACUUUGGCAUAGGUUGAAACAGGGUGAGAUCAGUAAUGACAGCUGAAGACUGAGCAAAUAGGAUUCUGCUAGUUCCAAUGGUGUAUUAAGAAUUCAUAAGCAAAGACAGGACUACUUGUUUGCAUUAGAGCCCUGCUCUGGAGAAUAGCAUGAAAACUAAACACCAAAUGAAUUAUGCUCCCCUCCUUUUUCUCAUUUAGCAUUACCUUGCACUUCAAAAUUUCCUGUCCAGCAUCACCUGCUUUCAACUAUUCACAGAGCCCAAAGUUCAUGGUGCCACAGGUGAAGAUAGAGAUGGAGUCAGACUGUGACUUCGCAGACAUGGACAUAUAUGGAAGAGACACUGAUGGCGAGACCACCCUCUAGGACAUAGUGUGUCCCCUGAUAUGGCACAGAGGGAGGGCAUGGGUUAGUCUUCAUGGUGAAAGUCUGGGACACAACCCUGAACUUCUCUGAGCCUGUUUCCUUAUUUACCAAACAGUCUGUGCCGUUAUUCCACUUGAUAGAAAACUGGAGAGCUGUCGAUAAAAAGUACUACUGAGAUGCAAAACUCUUUUCUUUCCUUUGUAAUUACGAAAACAACUAAAGCUCAAUAUUAUAUCUUAUUUUAAAAUGAAGUCCAACAUAGAAAUUAUAACAUUUCUUUUGAAAUUAAAAAAAAAAAGCUUGCCUCCUAAAACUGUAGUUAAGAUAAAGGGGCAAUAGUCAAUUUUUAAAGUUAGAUUUUAACGUGUCGAAAUGAUCUUGAAAAAACUUUUAAAAUACUUGUACUUCAACAAAGCAAGGUUGGAAAUUUUGUUUUGCAAUUUUGACUAUUAAGAAAUGCUUAAAGUUCCCUAUCUUAUCUCCCCCUCAUUCCGUUUGCUAAGGGUCUUAUGAAAAGUUUGAGCCAUCUGCAUAAUGCGCCUUGCUCCAGCACAGAAGUGUGACUGGGGAUUUUCCGGAUUGAAAAGCCAGUUCCAAAAGUCUGUUAAUGAAAGAACCAACACAUUUGAGUGGAUAAAUGUUUUUUAAAAUAAAAUAGUUCCUGUUAGAGUAAAAUCCCAAACCAUGUUAAAUCAAAAAAAAAUGAUCUUUUAAAUUGACAUGACUGAUUUUUCAUGCCCAGAAUCAAAUUUCUUUAUGCAUUUGGGUAGGUCCUUCCUGCAAGUUUUCAAUGGUCUGAUCCCAAAGUCAAACUCCCAUUCACAUAAACAUUGCAUGCUAGGCAGAGCUGAUGUCAAAAUUUUGAAAGAUUAUAACUUUGCAAUAUUAGAUUAUACUUUAAAGGAAUGUUUGGAAGCAAGUCAGAUUAAAACCCGUUAUUAAUGAAGCAAAUCCUUUCGUCAUAAAACUUAUGAUCAGUCUUUAUCGUCAAUCCAUGUUUAACAAAUGCCAACCAUGUUUAUUUAGCACCUACUGUGUGCCUGAUAGCCACAAUGCAUCUGACAUUUACCUUCUCAAAAACAACUAUGGAUUUGAAUCUUCAAUAAAUCAUUUUGGUAAGAGUUACUACAGUUACUCAAGAUGACAAAUGCAGGUGCUCUUUCUUUAUUCCUUAGUUUUUAAAGACAAAUGACACUAGAUUGUUAACAUCUUGUUAACCAGGGACAGUUAAAUGCCUCUGUAAUCCCCAGAGCCUAGCAUAGUGACUGGGUCCACAGAAAACUCUUAACUGUUUAUUAAAUUAAAUCUCAGAGCUCCCUUCCAAGGGAUACUGCCAAGAGGUAAAGCUCUAAACCUCUAUCACUUGAUAGCUGCAGAAUUUCUUAGCUGCUCACUAAUCUAGAACUAUCACCUGAAUUUAAGUACAAAUUCUUUAUCUUCAUCUAUCUGUACCAAUCCUGGGAGAGCUAACAAUCUACCCUUAACAUUUCGGUUUUAAAACUUGGCUGAUUUUCAAUAGCAUUUUGUCCGAAUUAUAGAAAUGUUAUGGAUUCAGGAGUAAAUGUGCUUGAUUAAUCAAACAAGCUGGAAAACUACAAUGUUAAUUUUUUUGUUCUUGUAAAUUGAUCACUGUAAUUUUUCACCUUAUACACGUCAUUUAUAUUUUGUAUAUACAUGAACAUUUUAAUUUUGAUAGCUUCAACAUUGUUACUUCUCCAUGCAGUAGGUCAGUACUUUAAUCCACUUGUAACUACAAUUCAAUAAAACUUAAUACUGUCUGCUCAUCUUGCUCCACAUUUAAUAAUUUAGAUAAGUCAGCAGGCAUCCUAUGGACACAAGCAACACACUUCACUUAAACAAAAGCAUAUCCAGCAAACUAUCAUCUUUCAUGAUAAAGAGUAAAGGCAGCUGGCAGAGGAACAAGAGGAAGUAGGUCAACUCUCCAUUGUUCUCCUUUGUCUGCCUUAAGCUGCCUGGAGCAGGAGCUGUUUCUGCCUCCAUGAAAGCCAAAUACCCACUCCUGGUGGAGGAUACACAGUGACCCAUCCUAGCCUCAAAAUGUGUACAAUCUGUCAAAUCAAACACACCAAUUUAAAAAAUGUGUGUUUGUAUGUGUAUAUAUGGAGAGUGAACAUGGCAAGUACAUCAAGUCCUUUGCAAAUUGAACAGUGUGUAAACUGAACACAUGGUUUAGAACAGGGGUCCCCAAUCCCUGGGUUGCGGACCAGUACUGGUCCAUGGCCUGUUGGGAACCAGGCCGCACAGUAGAAGGUGAGCGGUGGGCAAGUAAGUGAGAGAAGUUUCAUCUGUAUUUGCAGCUGCUCCCCAGCGCUAGCAUCACAGCCUCAGCUCCACCUCAGAUCACUGGGCAUUAGAUUUUCAUAGGAGCACCGGUCCCUGGUGCCAAAAAGGUUGGGGACCACUGGUUUAGACUAACCACUUAAAUGAAUCUUACAGAUUAAACGCUAGCUUGGUACAACCUGUUGGGAUGUAAGACUGAAAAGAGUAGGCUGGUUUCUCCAUUGCUCUUUAAACCAAAUUGUUUAAGGCAUAGGAUUGGGUGUUACCACAUAUAGGAAUAUAUAGAUCAAUUACAUCCAACGAAAAAAGUUAUGUUAGGUAAAAACAAAAC